GUGCGACAUGAAAACAAGUGUGUUGCUCCUGAGAGAUGCCCAUGUUUUCACAACGGAAGAGAAUAUGCCAAGGGAGAGACAGUGACUAAUGACUGCAACACCUGUGUGUGCCAUGGUCGAAAGUGGGAAUGCACCAAAAAUACGUGUGAUGGCACCUGCACUGUAAUUGGUACAGCUCAUUAUUUGACAUUUGAUGGAUUGAAAUACAAGUUUCCAGGAAACUGUCAAUAUGUAUUAGUUCAGGAUUUCUGCAAGGAUAACUCUGGAACAUUCCGGAUACUAAUUUCAAAUGAAGGCUGUGGCUUCACUGGAGAAAAGUGCACCAAGAGGGUUGUCAUUCUGUAUGAAAGUGGGGAAAUAGAGUUGUUUAACGGAAACGUAAACAUCAAGGUACCGCCUAAAGAUGACAAUGGUUUAGAAGUCAUGAGGUCUGGCCGUUAUUACAUCAUUUUACUGGGCAAAAGCAUCAGUGUGACCUGGGAUCUGUCCAUGGGAGUCUCAGUUAUCUUAAAAGGCAAUUUCAAAGAUCAAGUGUGUGGUCUGUGUGGAAAUUUUGAUGGAACGCAAAACAAUGAUUUGACCAGCAGCAAUGAACAUCUUGAAGUAGAUCCAGUUGACUUUGGGAAUUCUUGGAAAGUUAAUCCGUACUGUGCUGAUGUUGAAAAGCCCAACUGGGAACAGACUUUGAUGUCUCCGCUGUGUGAUGGAAACAUAGUGAAGCAGGUGAUGGUAGAAACGUCAUGCAGCAUUUUGUCUGGGGAUCUGUUUGAAGAAUGCAAAAAAAUCGUGAAUCCUGAGCCCUACAUAGAUAUUUGCAUGUAUGACACUUGUGCUUGUGAAUCUAUUGGGGACUGUGCUUGCUUCUGUGAUGCUAUAGCAGCCUAUGCACAAGUCUGUGCACAAAAAGGUGUCGCUGUUCACUGGAGAUCACCAGCUCUGUGCCCACAAAGCUGUGAGGACCUGAAUAAACAAGAAUUAGAUUAUCAAUGUGAAUGGAGAUAUAAUAGCUGUGGACCUGCUUGUCCUAUAACGUGCCAACACCCACAGCCUUUGCAGUGCCCUCUGCAGUGUGUGGAAGGAUGCCAUGUACACUGUCCUGCAGGGAAAAUUCUUGAUGAACUGUCCCUGGAUUGUGUCAGUCCAGAAAAUUGUCCCAUGUGUGCAGUUGGAGAUAUCCAGAUCCUGCAUGGAAGGAGAAUAGUUUUGAACAGAGAUGAUCGACAGCACUGUCAAAAUUGUCUGUGUGAAGGGAAGAACUUAACCUGUGUACCCUGUGAACCAGUGGAAGACACCCUAACACCGACCACACCUGCUCCAGAGGAGGACGUUGAAUUACUGCCCAGUGAAUACUCAUGCAGCAAGAUGAUGGACUUGGCCUUCCUACUGGAUGGCUCCAAUAAACUGUCAGAGGAGGACUUUGAACAUCUGAAGACUUUCAUAAUUGGCACAAUGAAGAAACUCCACAUCUCCCAAAAGAAAAUCCGAGUGUCAAUUCUAGUGUAUAGGGCUGGCCCCACAAUCUAUCUUGGCCUUAAAGAUAUCAAAACACAGUCCCAGAUGAGAAGAAUUGUCCAAAGCAUAAAAUACACAGGUGAUGAAGUAGCAUCGGCUACUGAAGUCCUUAAAUACACUGUGUUUCACGUGUUUGGAAAAGCAGAAAGGACCAAUGCUGCCAGAAUUGCAGUGCUGUUUAUAGCAAGCAAGUCUCCAGGAAAACUCCGCAACAUCCUCACAGCUUUGAAGAAUAAAAAAAUUGCAGUAAUACCUGUGGGGAUUGGACCUUAUGUUAGUGUGGAGCAAAUCAGGUUCAUUGAAAAGCAGUCAAAAGAUAAUAGAGCCUUCCUAAUGAACAAUGUGUUAGAGCUAAUGGAUAAUAGGGAUCUCCUCAUUGAUCAUCUAUGUGAUCUUGGACCUGAAGAAAGUCCUCUAUUACAAGCUACAUCCACUCCAACAAUAUCCAGUGUCUUAUUUCCCCCCUGGGGACUUACAGCACCACCACCCUUUUCAGAAAAGCCCACUCGCAAAAGGCUGGACAUUGCUUUUAUUGUGGAAGGAUCUGACAAUGUAGGGGAGGAAAAUUUCAAUAUUGUCAAGAAGUUCCUUGAGAAGGUGAUCACAAGAAUGAAUGUGGGAUGGGAAGAUAUUCAUAUUACAGUCAUGCAGUAUUCAGAGACUGUCACUCUGGAGUAUUCCUUUAGGGAAAUACAGUCAAAGGAAAGUAUUAUUGAGAAGGUGAGGAGCAUACCCUACCAAGGAGGGAAGGCUACCAACACUGGCAAUGCCCUUGAUUACAUUUCCAAACACACAUUUACACAAGUGAAUGGGGGCAGGCAAGACGUUCCUCACUUGGUAUAUAUGGUGUCAUCCAGUCCUUCCACUGAUGUUAUUACACGGCCUCCCAGGAGCAUAAAUGUUAUUCCCAUAGGCAUAACCCCCAAUGCAAAUAUCCAAGAGCUCAGAAAGAUCAGCCAGCCUAAUAACCCAAUUAUCUUGCAUAGUUAUAGCACACUUAUUGAAGAAGCACCAGAAUUAGUGCUGCAAUCGUGCUGCUCUCAUAAAAUUUGGACGGAAAUUCCAGAGUUGUGCAACAAACCAAUGGAUGUCAUGUUUCUUCUGGAUGGAAGUUCCAAUAUUGGAGCAUCAGAGUUUGAGGAAAUGAAAAACUUCGUACGGGCAUUUAUUGAAAGUGCUGAGAUCAGCAAUACUUCAAUUCAUGUGUCAGUUCUCCAGUAUGCCAGGGAAAAUAAUCUAGAAAUUUCAUGGAACAUGCCUCAAGAGACUGAAAAGCUUGUAAGGAUGGUGCACUCAAUUCAACAAAGGGAGCAAGGUCCUACCAGACUAGGAAAAGCCAUUGAUUUUGUAGUUCAGAAUGCAAUGUCGGAAUCCCACGGAGGGAGACCCAGCGCAUCAAAGGUCGCGAUAGUCAUUGUUUCAGGGAGAUCAGAAGACACUGUGGAGGCUGCUGCACUUUCUGCAAGAAUGAACAGGGUAUCCCUGUUUCCAAUUGGAGUUGGGAAUGGAUAUGAUGAAGAGCAACUAAGGACUUUGACCGGGCCAUCAGCUGCUAACAGAAUCAUGAAGCUUCAGACUUUUGAAGACUUAUCCACUAUGAUCACAUUGAAUAGUGAAUUUAUCAAAAAAGUGUGCAUGGACCCUGUCAGAGAAUGUAUAGAUGAGGAUGGAAACAAAAAGAAACCUGGUGAUAAAUGGACGUUACCGGACCAGUGCCACACUGUGACAUGCUUUCCAGGAGAUUACACAGUUCUGGAGAGUCACCAAAUUAACUGUGAAAGGAUGCCAAAACCAGUAUGUCACAGCAAUCUUCCUGCUGUUAAGAUUGAAGAAACUUGUGGCUGCCGAUGGAUGUGUCCAUGUGUCUGCAUAGGAAGUUCAUCUCGACAUAUUGUCACUUUUGAUGGGCUGAAUUUUAAGCUGACUGGCAAUUGCUCCUACACCUUGUUUCGAGACAUGCUACAUGAUGUCGAAGUUCUCCUCCAUGAAGGACCAUGCAGAGCAACACCGAAGAUGAACUGUAUGGACUCCAUUGAAGUGAAACAUCGCGGUGCAUCUGUUCAGCUCUUCAGUGACAUGGCAGUGGCUGUUAAUGGUGAAAGGGUUCACAUCCCCUAUGCUAGCAAUUUGUUUGAAGUUGCUGUCUAUGGAGCAAUAAUGCAUGAAAUCAAAUUCUCCCAUCUUGGACAUAAUCUCACAUUUACUCCAAGAAACAAUGAAUUUAUUCUUAAACUUAAUUCAAAGAGCUUUUCUUCAGGAACACAAGGGCUUUGUGGGGUGUGUGACCAGAACCAUGUCAAUGACUUCAUGUUACAUGAUGGCUCUGUCACUCCUGACAGCAGUGUGUUUAUCAAAGACUGGACAGUGGACGAGCCAGGGAAGAUCUGUGAAAUUCGGAGAGAAGACAGAUGCUCUGAGCAUGCGACGAGCCACUGCCACCUUCUACUAUCUGAUCGGUUUGCAGAGUGCCACAGGGUAAUCCCUCCCAAUAUAUUCUACGAGGCCUGUGCAGAGAGCAGCUGCUAUGAAGAUGAAGCCUGCGAGAUGAUAACUUCCUACGCUCACAUCUGCAGGGAAAACGGGAUCUGCAUAGACUGGAGAACACCCGAGUUUUGUCCAAUGAAAUGUCCCACAUAUUUGACAUAUGAUCACUGCCACAAAGCCUGCAUAAAGCACUGUGAGAAUAGUACCAAACUCAGUGUCUGCAAGGAUUAUCCCACAGAAGGCUGCUUCUGUCCAGACAGACAGGUGAUUUUUAAUGACAGCUGUGUUGAUGAAGAAGUCUGCACACAAUGCGUCAGUGAAGAUGGCACACACCAUCAGCACAUGGAAACUUGGAUUCCUGCCAGUGAGCCUUGCAACAUCUGCACGUGUCUUGAUAACAAGAAAGUAAACUGCACGGUCCGACCUUGCCCUACUGACAAACCUAUUCAUUGUGGUCCCUGUGAAGUCCCUCGUCUGCGCAGGGACCCUGGCCAGUGCUGCCCCGAGUACGAGUGUGUCUGUGAUCUGGUUUCCUGUGAUUUGCCUCCUGUCCCUGUCUGCGAGCUUGGCCGGCAGCUUGCUCUGACCAACCCUGGAGAAUGCAGACCGAACUACACAUGUGAAUGUAACAGAGAAGCAUGCAGCUUAGUUCAAAGACCUUUCUGCCCACCCCAUCGAGAGCUGACUGUUAAGAAGACGGAGUGCUGUGAUAAAUAUGAGUGUACCUGCAGCUGUACGAACUCAACAGUGAGCUGCCCACUGGGAUAUCUAUCCAGAUCUCUCACCAAUGACUGCGGCUGCAUAUCUACCACCUGUGUUCCAGGCAGGGUAUGUGUGCACAACAACAUAGUCUAUCCUGUUGGGACAACCUGGGAAGAUGGUUGCAGGGAAUGCUCUUGCACUGGUAUGAGGGAUGACAUUACAGGACUUCAGAUGAUGGAGUGUCAUGACAAAGCAUGUGACACGUUCUGUACUCGGGGUUACAAAUAUGUUGUCCAAGAAGGGGAGUGUUGUGGGAGAUGCCAGAAGACUGCCUGUGAGGAGCAGCUAUUCUGGUCUCCGGGUGAUGCAGAUCCUCGUUUGCAUGAGGUUGGCACAGAGUGGCGAUCCCCAUUCAACCAUUGCAUUAUCAAUGAGUGUGUCCAGGUGAACAAUGAGGUUUUCGUGCAGCAAAAGAAUCUUUCUUGCUCUCAAAUGGAUGUGCCUGACUGUCCAGAGGGAACUGAACUACGUUGUGACCAAAUAAUAGACUGCUGUCCUUCCUGCAGAUGUGUACCCCUGAAUGGUUGUCCUUUGAAUGGCACCGUUAUUGGGCCAUGGAGACGCCUGAUGGUGGAUCAAUGCACAACAUGUCUCUGCUCUGCCCAGUCAACAUCUUCUCGGAGAUAUACUCUGACAUGCACAAAAUUAAGCUGUGAGCCAUGCCCAAUAAAUUACAGGAGGCAGGAAAUCCCUGGUUCUUGCUGUGGAAAAUGUGUGCCAACUUCAUGUAGCAUCAGGCUGAGAGACGGAAGGCUUAAAUACCUUCAGCCAAACGAAUCACUUCAGGAUGGCUGUGAUAGUCACUCCUGUAAAGUAAGUGAGAAAGGGGAAUUCAUCUGGGAAAGGAGAAUCACUGGCUGUCCUCCGUUUGAUUCCAGAAGAUGUUUGGCUGAAGGAGGCAGAAUUGCAAAAAUUGGCAAUACCUGCUGUGACACAUGUGUGGAAGUGGAAUGUCGACCAGUAAGCACCAGACUUCAGUAUAGGAAUACCAACGGAUGUGUGGCUGAAAAGGAAGUGCCUAUUUCUCAUUGUGAGGGCAAGUGCAGAAGCAAUACCAGAUACUCUGUUCAGACAGGGAAAUGGGAAGACCUGUGCAGCUGCUGUACAGCCACCCGAACAACCAUCGUCACAAUUCCUCUCUGGUGUGCCAACGGGACGAUGGUGCAGCAUUAUAUCCCUUCUGCCUCUCAGUGUGAAUGCUCUUCUCGGAAGUGUACAGACUGAAUAUUUCCAAAAACUCAGUUGUUUAAUCUCAAGUUUUAUGAUGAAGGAACUUUACAGUGCCAGCCUCAUUUUCUCUCUGUAGAGUUUUAUCCAGUAGAAUGCUGACUAACUAAUUGUAUCAACAUAACAAACAAUAAAACUUACUAGCA